AAUAAGAGAGAGUUUACUUAUUCGGAAAGUUGUCUAAGCUGAAAACUUUGAACUAGUUGAGGAUUAAGUUCAUAGUAUGUUUAGGAAACAUAAUCUGUUAAUAGAAGAAUUGCUGAAAGUAAAUAAAGCCUCCUCGAGAACAAGAUUCGUUUGUGUAGCAAGUAGCAAAGGCAGAGAGAUCCCUCGUGCAAAUAAUAAAUCCUGAACAAACAUUAAAAGAAGCUAAAAUAAAAACGUGUUCACAAAGCCAUGACACUAUCAAACCCUAAACUACGACUGUUUUCAUUCUAAUUCCAAAUAAAUUGUAAACAUAAAUCUGUCAUGAUUGACUUCAAACAUGACGAUAAAAAAAAGUUCAACAUAAAAAACUGCUGUCUCGUAAAUUUUCGCCCAUCCCCGUUCAGUUCCUCAGAGGAGGUCGGAAAGAAUUGGUUCUGCUAACAAAUUUGUUUCUGCGAAAACAUAAUCUCAUGUGUGACAUAUAAAAGCAGAACGGCGUGUAACGACGUCAUGUAUGUUUGAAGACUUAAACUCCUGAGCUGAAUGGAACUAAAAAAGUUACUUUAAGUGUUUAAAAUAUUUCUCUGUGACCUUCAAUUUGAAUGUAGUGUUGAAAACUUAAAAUUGUGACAUUACUGAAUGAGCUCUUUCAAUGAAUUUUUGAUUGAUUGAAUAACUUUUAGGUUUCUGUGAUGAAAGAGAAAUAAAAUUACGUAAUGGUUUGAUUCAAUGUUUAACAACUGCUAUUGAAUAUUAAAUAAUGAACAGAAAUUUUCUGUAAUUAAUUUUCCGAACAUCAAAAAUUUUGAUUAACAUUGUUGCAAGUGAAACAAAGAGAAAGAAAAUGAGUAAUCGACUGAGUGAGCUCGUGGAAAAUUACUAACUAAUUAUUAAUUAUCUUUCAUGUUAAUUGAGGUGAAUUUUUAAUGUUCAAUCAAACAUCAGCAAACAAGCAAUCAAGUGUCGAGCAGACAAUUAAAUAAUUCGAGCGUGGACAAUUACCAUGCAUUAAGUGAAACAAAAAAUCUCUCCUGUUAGCCAUUUCAAAUUUGAAAACGUCAGAAAUAAUUAAAAUGAACAACAGUGGGAAGUUGAGGAAAUUUGUUUUUACAAUUAUUUUAAUUAGUGUAAACUACGAACAUACUCUAUCCGAAUUUGACAACCCACCAAGCAAUGCAGAGAGGGUUGCAGCAAUCAAUAAUCAACAAUAUCAGUUCCACCAUGAUUACGAUACAGAAAAUGGUUUCACAAUCGAUGGGGAUGACGAGAACUUACAUAAUGCACUGAAUCGUGGACCAUACUUUGACAUUUCAGCUUCAAAAAACGUAACUGCGUUAGUCGGCAAUACUGCUUAUUUGAAUUGUCGAGUUAGAAAUUUGGGAAAUAAAACGGUUACUUGGAUUCGACAUCGAGAUUUACAUUUGUUGACUGUAGGAAAGGAAACUUAUACACAAGAUCAGAGGUUUCAAAGCGUACAUAACCCACAUAAUGGUGACUGGUCGCUAAAGGUUUUGUAUCCUCAACAGCGUGACUCGGGUGUCUACGAAUGUCAGAUUGGAACGUCACCUCCAGUUGGUUACUCUAUUGUGCUAUCUGUUGUUGAACCCAUAACAACGAUUAUCGGUGGACCUGACAUGUACAUUGACCAAGGGUCAACAAUUAAUUUGACCUGUAUCGUAAAGCAUUUGCCUGAACCGCCUCCAGGAAUUUAUUGGACGCACAACGGCGAGGAAAUCAAUUACGAUUCACCUCGUGGUGGCGUUAGUGUAAUAACCGAGAAAGGUGACAUUACCACAUCAUAUCUUUUAAUCCAGAGAGCACGUUCGUCGGAUAGUGGAAAAUAUGUUUGUCUACCAUCAAAUGCUAACUCCCAAAACAUUAACGUCCAUGUUCUGAAUGGCGAACAUCCCGCAGCGAUUCAACGUGCAGCUAGCCAGUUAGAUAAUAAAUCUUAUUUGCUUUUGUUACUAUUAUCAUUCAUAUUAACGACAUUUUCAAAGAGAUAAAUCAACAAUGUAGGAAAGUAAGCAAUUUUAGUUAAAAUUUAAUGAGAAAUGUAAAUAAAAAAUGUUUUCUUAAACAAUCAACUA